GUUUCUUUAGACAAGUUUUAGCAGUUUGCAUCACAAAACGCCGUAAGCGCCUAUUAUGUUUGCUUUUUUCAAGUUAGCCUACUUAAAAAAAAUUUUUAUGCUCGCUUUUUUCAAGUUAAAAAUUUAGCUAUUGUACUAAUACAGCUAUCUGAUUGGCUAAUAAGUAUCCUAAGGUCAUAUUUAAGACGAUCUUAAAUAAGAACAGACCAUGAAUACCGUCGUCUAGUAUUUCUUGAUUCAUCUGCUGAAAUUUGGCGGGUGACGAAUAUAGAUGUUAAAUAAUUCUAAUAUUUAUAAUGUUAUUUAUGAAAAAUAUUGAAUAGCGUGUGAAUCUUUGUGAUUUAAACAUUUUUACAUGCAACUAAUUCCUGUGAUAAUAGCAAAAAUUUAUAUCAGUGUUAAUAUCAUAAUAAAAAUAACGUGAACAAGAACUAAUAAAAUGGAUCACGAGGACAGUGAUGUUGAUUUAGAUAUUUUGAACGAUCUUAUAUCUAAUGUCACUGAAGAAACUGAAGAGCCUGAACGGCAUGAAGAGGCUAAGCAGCCUGAACCGAAGAAGAGUUUAACGGAAUUACAAUUCAAUUUCUUGGAUUCUGCACCUAGCAAUGUAAACAAUGAAAAUAAAAUAACUGAUGAUAAAAGUACCAGUGAGAUUUAUGAUGAUAAGCUUGAUUCUUCGGAUGACGAAGACAGACGUUACUUUGAAGAGCAGAAGUAUUCCAACUAUGGACGUGAGAUAAAGCAACUGUUGAAGGAAAGCUCCGUGCCAGACGUUAAGCGACCUCCGAGACUACAGAACGAGACCAGUAAGACUUCCGAUUUCAAUACUAAUAAGAAUAAGACUUGUAAUCUCAACGAUGCCGCAAAGAACAGUAGUAACAGUAAUACCUUGGUAGCGAGGGAUGUGUACAGUGAUCCUUUCUUUGGAAUAAGAAUUAUCAAUCCCCUUAUAUCCUCCACUGAAUUGAGGGAACGUAUGAAGGGCAAGGUGGCUGUGACCGUAUCAAGAGUAAAGAGUCACAUUAUUUCUGACAACGCUCAUAGCGACUGGGUGAUCGCCGGUGUACUGAUCAACAAAUCGGCAACGAAAACCUCGCAGAAGGGAACCUCUUACUGCAUCUGGAGAAUAAGCGAUCUCUCCGACGAUAUGAAGACCGUGUCCGUUUUCUUGUUCAGCAGUGCCUACAAACAGCUGUGGAAAACUAUUACCGGCAGUGCGAUAGGUAUUCUCAAUCCAAAUGUGCUCGAGAACAAGGACAACGUCGACCAAGCGACACUGUCAAUCGACAAUCCGCAGAAGCUGAUGAUCCUCGGCAGGUCCAAGGACAUGGGCAAGUGUAAGUCGGUCAAGAGGAACGGCGACGCGUGUACUGCAAUUGUAAACACGAGUCGCUGUGAGUACUGCGUCUAUCAUGUCAAGCAGGAGUACAGGAAGUGCACGCGACGAGCAGAUCUGCAGUCGAGCAACACCGGACACGGGUUCAGCGGGGACGCACUGAAGCGUAUGAGCAAGCAAACUGCUACGCGAAAGCCUUAUAACGGGAUGGCACCGUUCGUGCCAGUACUGGCGACGCGCAACGAAAAGCUGUACGAGAAGGACCGCGCGCGUUUAGAAUUGCUGUCCGAGGCUGCUUCAGGUUCUAACGAUGUUAGAAAAGUGAAGAAUGAUGUAAAACCUGAGGUCAGCAACGUGGACGCUAAGAAGGGAGUGAGCGUCGAGUUAACGAACAAACAGUCGAAGAAAGACUUCGAGCGACUCAACAAAUUAAGGGGUUGGCAACCGUCGAGGCAAGUAAUGGUGCAGUCUACAGCUAACGGAUCAGUCCUAUGUUCCAGUCCAGUAGAACCGAAGGAAAGCAAUUCCGUGCUGAUGAAGCCCAAGAGCAAUCAUGUAGAUAAGAAGAUCAGCUUGACUUCUCUAGCUUCAAGCCCACGACUGGGAAUUGGGUGCAGUCAGGGUACGAUAGAUUUCUCCGAACCGAUCACGAAGAAACAGGUUCACACUGCCAAGAUGAAUGCGAUCAAGUGGGUGCAGGAGCAUGGAAAAAUUAAGGCAAAGAGUCCCAAUCAGGUUUGCAUGAGUUCGAAGAGUAAGCUCGAGAAGAACGCGAAGCGCUGCAGAGAGACUGACCAGCAGGAAGGAGAGGAAGGCGCGAAAAAAGCGAAGAUUAUAAGUGACAAGUUCAAAGAGAUAUUAGAAGCGAAAUCCUCGCAUACGGAUCUAAUAGAGAAGAGUUAUGACGAGGAGAAGGAGAAGUACUUUAACAAGCUGGAAGCGAAGGAGAGGAUGGAGGAGAAAAUGAUGAGCACGUUCAAGGUGAAUUGCAAAGCCGUGAAAUGCGCACUGUGCAAGUAUACAGCGUUCUCGGCAUCGGACAUGUGCAAAGAGCAGAGACACCCGCUGCGCGUGAUUGAUGCAGUUAAGAGGUUCUUCAAGUGUGCUGAUUGCGGUAAUCGGACCGUCAGCCUAAAUCGCAUGCCGUCGCAUAGCUGCGGCAAGUGCAGUAGCUCAAGUUGGACCAGAGCGGCAAUGAUGGAUGAGAAGAAGAUCGCUAUUGCCGCAGAAACUUUAUCCAUACGCGGCGCCGAGGAGAAGUUCCUGGGCUCGGCGGUAAAAGACGCCAAUCUCAAUCUACUCGUUCCGAUCGAAGAUUAGGUUGAACGUUAAUUUAAUCACCGAUCUGUAGGAUGUACUUCUGCUAGCGUUUGUAAAAAUAAAAAAAACGGAAAAGUAAUUACAUGUACAUAAGAUAUAGAAAAAUAUAAGAAAUUAAAGUACAGAAAUUUGGAUGGUGCCGAAGAAUGUGUUGCGGUGCUAAAGAUGCCAUUUUGACUAUUAGUAUAUUAUUUUUUUAAAUAUAUAUAGUUAUAUUUUAUAUAUAUAACAUGUACAAGAGCAUGGUUCGAAAUUUGAGCAUGAAAAUAUCACAGAAAAAUAAAAGAAAAGUUCAUAUCUAUUAAUCUAUUUAUGAAAUAUAUUGUGGCUUUGCGAUUAUUAAAAUUCUUUUUUAUUUUUAUCAAUAACGAUAUCUGGUCCAGAAAUCAUUCACAAGGAAAAUUGUAUAUUAAGAAUAAUUCGUGAAUAGAUAACUCUUCAACGAAGUUAUGAACUACAGUUCGCAACUUUAAAUCCUCGUAUUGAAAAUAAACUAUUACGCAAAAUGAAAGAUCGAAUGCAUUUUUAUUAAUAUGAUUUAUUUUCGAAUGAACCUUCUUCUUUAUCCUAUGUCGUUGUUAUGCUCGAAUUUUGAGACAUUCUCUGUAAAGCUAGAAAAUAAAAGACGACUUUGGAACUAUGUAGAAUUUAUACCGUUCAAAUCAAUAUUCAAAUUCUCGAUUAAUGAAGCUGAAAGGCAACGUGAAUGUUGCUAACAGCAACUGAUACUUAUUUCUAUGCUUUAAAUCUAUAAAUACAGAACGUUGUUUUUGA